ACUCGCCGCGCGCGCCGGCUGCACCAUGAUCGAAAAUGGAAAUUUGCCACCGGUGACCUCGCCAGUAUGGAAGGACUUGGCAAUUCCCAUCGAGACACUACCAAACCUCAGGCGGGUGGACUGCCGGGGCAAGCUGUAUCGGUCUUCGAGACAAGACUUGCUCAGCCGCGCUGACACCGAGAAACUCAAAGAGUUGAGGAUCCAAUCUGUGAUUGACUUUCGCUCCAAGUCUGAAUACAAAGUUGCAAAUGGGGACAAAAUUUAUGAUCAGAAUUCUGCCAUUUUAGAAGUUGUUAUUCCUAAAGCAAAAGGAUCAGGACAGAGUACAACUACAAAACAAAUUAUUUCUGUGAAUGUGAAGCCAGUGAAAGUGAAAUCUUUGAAAGGUAUCCAGAAUAAGGAAAUUAAGAACCUACAAACUUUGAAUGAUGAUCAUCAUAGUGCAAUCAAUAGGAAGAGAUUUCUACUGGAUUUUUUCAAGCUUCACUUUGUUUGGACAGUUUUCAACCGAAUUCCUCUGUAUAAAAGAUUAUUCUCCAUUCUCUACCUCAUUGUGGAUAUUCUGUUUCGUACCCAUUUCCGAUAUUUCAUCCGAUAUUUUGCCAAAGAGACUCUCAACCCUGCUGGUUUGCUGUCAAGUUACAUAGAUAUGAUAGAACUCAGUGGCACACAGAUAUGUUUAGCCCUUCGUAUCCUGUCUGAUCCAUCUAACUUACCAGCCUUGGUGAGCUGCGCACAUGGAAAGGAUCGAACUGGAAUUGUGGUUGCCAUGGUUCUUUCACUAUUGGGUAAAUCUGAUGACUACAUUGCAGAGGAAUAUGCCCUUUCUGAAAUUGGAUUGGAUCCUAUAAGGCCUAGAGUUCAUCAAGAAAUAGUAGGGCGAACGAGAAUGGAUGAAUCCUUUACACAUGCUAGAAGAGAAACCAUGGAUGGUCUGCUUCAAUACAUUCAUAAAACAUACGGCAGUGUUCCCAACUAUCUUGAAUCCAUUGGGUUUGGAAAAGAAGAUCAGAAGAAAUUACUUCAAUCUUUUCAGGAAUGAUUGCAGACAAUGCUGCCCAGAUUAGGGCCCUGUUAAAUACAGCUUGGUAAUUAAUCUUGGUUUGAUUUCUAGGAUUGAUUGCAUUGAUUAUUGUGUAUGAUCAAUUGUAAAAACCAGUCCCACAACCUGUCGCUAUGUUACAUGGUCCUGGGGCCGUUUCAUAAAGCUGUUCGUAAGUUAAGAGGGACUUUAAGAACGACUGGUGAUCCUCUCUUGCGCGCUAAAUCAUCGCCAAUGGUGUGUAUCAUUUACAACAAGAAAGGAUCACCAGUCGUUCUUAAAGUCGCUCUUGACUUACGAACAGCUUUAUGAAACACCCGCCUGGUUUAUGAAGUCUCUAUGAUACGUGUAAAAUCAUUCCCUAUUGCCAUGAUAAUCACAUUUGAUAUGAUAUUUGUUACUUUGAAUAAAUAUUUUGGAGGAGAUCCUAUUCAGAAAAGUUGAGUUGGGGAUAGCUUUGUUGGUUGCUUCAUCAUCAUAAACUUUCCUCAAAGCUACUUGCCUGUCAUAUACAUGUAUUUCCAAAUCUUGAGAGGGUUAGAUUAAUAGGGCAUUAUCUUAGUAAUGAUAUUAUUAGCUCAUCCGGCCCGAAAGGCCAGAUGAGCUUAUGCCGUGGCGUGGCGUCCGUUGUCCAUCCACAAUUUCAAAAUGCUUUUUUUUUCGCCAUUUCAAUUUCAAUUCUGUUUGCUUUAUAUGAUAGCACUAGGUGGGGGAUUCAAAAAUUCUACACAGAAUUUUGAAACUCAUUAAAUAUGCUAAUUUAUGCACAUUUUUCAAAAUUCACAAAAAAUGCUUCUUUAUUUGUUGACCGAUGUUGAAUUUUUUUUACUAGAACAAUUUUUAUGCUAAUUUAUGCGAAAUUAAUUUAUGCAUAUUUUUAAAAAUUCACAUAAAAUGCUUCUUGUUUAUUUGUUGACUGAUUUUGAUUUUUUUUGUCAAUGAACUUAGAUUAUGUUGAGAGAAUCAAAACGAAAUCUUAACCAAAGUUUUUAAAUGUCAUAACUCUGAAAAUAUAUGGAUCUAGUUCAUGAAACUUGGACAUAAGAGUAAUCAAGCAUCAGUGAUCAUCCUGCGUGAGUUUUAGGUCACAUGACCAAGGUCAAUGAACUUUGGCCGUGUUGGGAUAUUUGUUUAAUCGCCAUCAUACAGUUGUAACCUUGAAAGUUAAUGGAUCUCGUUCAUGAAAUGUGGACUUUGUGGACUUUCGGGUAAUCAAGUAUCACUGAUUGUCUUGCACAAGUCUUCAGUCACAUGAUCAAGGUCAAAUGUCAUUUAGGGUCAAUGAACAGAGUAUUUCAUCAUCAUAUGGUGUUUUAAAACAAUGAUUAUUCUAUAGUUGUUUUGAAAGUCAUUGCUGCUAUAUUGAAUCGCGUAGUGAGGCGAGACUGUCAGAGGCGCUCAACUUGUUAUUUAGAGUGAAUAUAUAUUUGAUAGUUUCAGGAGAGUAGUAACCUGGGGCAGUAUUCUGAGGUCAUUUUAUUUUUAAAAUAUUUCAUUUUAUUUCUUAAAAUGAAAUUGGUAUUCUGAGAUGAUAUUUUAUCUCUCAGAUAAAACUUUAAAUGUUAUCUUGCGUAUCUAUGAUGAUACUCAUCAGAGCAGUGGCUGCGUAGACAUACCCAUCGCGUAUCUGGCCAUUGCAACGUGGGUGAUGUGCUUGCGCCCAAGUUACUUUGAAGAAAAAAUAAACUUAAAAGUGGGUUGGCGCUAUAUUAUCUCCACGACGUUGAUUUCAUCAAUAUUUCUAGGUGAAUUAACUCCAAAUGGUGACAUGAAAAUGAAGAAAAAUUAUGUUUAUUGAUAACAACAUCUUAACGUUAUUCCUGUACAAUCAGAAAGUAUUUUAUAAGACUUUUCUUGACUAAUAUUGUCUUUGAAAUGAUAAAAUGAAGAUAAAUUGUUCUCAGAAUACCAAUUCGGAAAGAUUUUAAGGGUAUUUUAUCUCACUGAUUUUAACGGAGAUAAAAUAUUUUAUUUUAUCUGAGAUAAAAUGAAUCUCGGAAUACCACCCCUGGAUAUUUGAUUGAUUUUAUAGUCUUAUACUUGAUUUUGUUGGUUAUGAUGAUUGCAUGUUUUUGGAUAUACAUGUUGACAUAGUAGGCUGCUGCAUAGUUAAUAUAGUCACCCAACUAUGUUAACACACAUGAUCAAAAGACUGUGUUAAUCUUCUCAUCCACACAAUCUAAAACUCUUUCAUUCAUUAUAUUCUGGUAGUGGAGAAAGUUUUAAAACAUGAAUAAUUUGUUUGAAAUCAUGAAAAUGAUUACAAAGUAGAUGAAAAUAUGAGAUUGAUAACUUAUUUACUAGUUUCAGUGUCUCUUGAAUCUUUAUAAUACGCUCAUGUUAUCUGUUAAAAAAACAACAACUCCCAUUUAGAGGUAUAAUUUACAUGUAAGCAAGUAAUGUGUUUGUAUUGGUGUAUGUACAGUACAAUUUUAUUUUUGUAACUCUUUAGUUCAUAUACAUAUUCAAUUGUUAUGAUUUUUUUAAAGUCAACAUUUGGAUUUUAUAAAGGCAAAGAAUGAAUCUUAUUGAGAAUAAGAUGUGUAGAAAGAGCAUGAUCAUUGAUGGGUUUAUCUGUUUGAUGCUAGGUUUAUCAUGGUAGUUAAUAGCGCGUUUUCGCCCAGCGUCGUACGACGCUAUCUACGACGUAGAACGAUCUCUUGGUUCGUGCGUCCGUCGCGCUCAACUCUCGCUUGUAAGCAGUUUCGCAAAUCGCUGAACGCGGCCGGAUCGACCGGAAGUACGUAGACUGCAUGACGUCACCACUACUAGGGAAAAUCCCGCGCCCGCGCUCUAUGAACUGGCUACAUCGGCUCAGCUUGCUCGCUCUACAAGCGAUCUGAUUGGCUGUUGACGGCUGUUGACAAAUCCUACGUUCUAAUGCGGACGCCCGCUAAUUUGCGGAAGAACCGUCCGUGAUUUGAGCUCAAGAACGCUCGGGCCUCUGUUUCCAUGGAAGUUGGCGAUUUUUGCACACGACCCUUACGUUCUACGUCGUACGACGCUGGGCGAAAACGCGCUAUUGUUUCUGCUGAGAGAAUUAUGUUUUAUUUUGAAAAUGAGCAAUUUCUGUGUAAUUGACGAGAUGUAUAUAUUUUAGCUCCACUAUAGUACAUGCUUAUACCGAUUUAAAAAAAAAACAUGCAAUGAAGGGGGAACUGAGCGCUUUAAAACCAUAAUCAGUGUUUGUGUCAUAUACAUUUUAUGUACAUGUUUGGUGAUCUCAGAGUAAAAUGUCUAAAGUUUUAAAGUGUAUUUUAGGAAAGUUUUAUUUUAUAUUGCAGAAAUAUUGAUUUUUAUAUCAUAAAUUCAUGGUCAUUGUGGUUGUAAUGUUACAAUUGAAAGGGAAAUGAUUUAUAUAAACUUAUUGAUAUGAAUAAUUAA